AUGUGGCAUGCAUCAAAUAUGAUAUAUAUUUUCUGGCCAGUUGUUGGGGACAAGAAACUUGUUUGCAUGUUUGGAAAUGUGAAAGAGCAUCCAAGCAAUCCACAUGCCGAAACAUUAGUGGCCAACCCAUCCAUUACCACAAAAAACGUUUACAAGAAUGCCGCCGGUGGCACAUUAACAGGGAAGAAGCUAAAUAUAGAUUGGAAAACGGAAAAACCCAUUGACAAUUUGGUGCUAAAAAAGUUUGCUUCCAAGUUUCCUGACCUUGAGAUGAAGGUCAACACUAUAAAGCCAUUCUUAUAUACAGUGCGGCUCAAAAUGAUAGGAACGGUGGAUUUUUUUAAUUUUCUUCAAAACAAAUGA